AUGGGGCUGGAGGCGCGGCGGCCGGCGAUGCUCGCGUGGCUGCUGGUGGCCGCGGGGGUCGUGCUGUGCGCGGGUCUUGGGGGUGAUUACGCAUGGGAUGGCGACGAGGAGGAGGACCGGACGGAGACUUUAGAUUACAAGGACCCGUGCAAAGCCGCUGUAUUUUGGGGUGAUAUUGCCUUAGACGAUGAAGACUUAAAUAUCUUUCAAAUAGAUAGGACGAUUGAUCUGACACAGAACCCUUUCGGAAGAGCUGGACAUACCACAGGUGGGCUUGGAGACCAUGGUAUGUCAAAGAAACGAGGGGCUCUCUAUCAACUUAUAGACAGGAUAAGAAGAAUUGGCUCUGGCUUGGAGCAAAACAACACAGUGAAGGCAAAAAUACCUCUAAAAUUCUCAGGGCAAUAUGAGAAAAAUCGAGUUCCCAGAGCUGCUACAUCUCGGACUGAAAGAGUAUGGCCCGGAGGUGUGAUUCCUUAUGUCAUUGGAGGCAACUUUACUGGCAGCCAGCGUGCCAUGUUCAAGCAGGCCAUGAGGCACUGGGAAAAGCAUACGUGUGUGACUUUCAUUGAAAGGAGUGAUGAAGAGAGCUACAUUGUGUUCACCUAUAGGCCUUGUGGAUGCUGUUCCUAUGUAGGUCGGCGGGGAAAUGGUCCUCAGGCCAUCUCCAUUGGAAAGAACUGUGAUAAAUUUGGAAUUGUUGUUCAUGAACUAGGUCAUGUGAUAGGUUUUUGGCAUGAGCACACACGGCCAGAUCGAGACAACCAUGUGACCAUCAUUAGAGAGAAUAUCCAGCCAGGUCAAGAGUAUAAUUUUCUGAAGAUGGAGCCUGGAGAGGUGAACUCUCUUGGGGAAAGAUAUGACUUUGACAGUAUCAUGCACUACGCCAGGAACACCUUCUCAAGGGGGAUGUUUCUGGAUACCAUUCUCCCCUCCCGUGAUGAUAAUGGUAUACGUCCAGCCAUUGGUCAGAGAACACGUUUAAGCAAAGGAGAUAUUGCCCAGGCAAGAAAGCUGUAUAGAUGUCCAGCAUGUGGAGAAACCCUGCAGGAGUCCAGUGGAAACCUGUCCUCUCCCGGCUUUCCCAACGGCUACCCCUCCUACACACAUUGUAUCUGGCGUGUGUCCGUCACCCCAGGAGAGAAGAUUGUUUUAAAUUUUACCACAAUGGACCUAUACAAGAGCAGUUUGUGCUGGUAUGACUACAUUGAAGUGAGGGAUGGAUACUGGAGGAAAUCACCUCUCCUGGGUAGAUUCUGUGGGGACAAAGUGCCGGAAGUUCUGACUUCUACAGACAGCAGGAUGUGGGUUGAGUUUCGGAGCAGCAGUAACUGGGUAGGGAAAGGGUUUGCAGCUGUCUAUGAAGCCAUCUGUGGAGGUGAGAUACGUAAAAAUGAAGGACAGAUUCAGUCUCCUAAUUAUCCCGAUGACUACCGACCAAUGAAGGAAUGUGUGUGGAAAAUAGCUGUGUCUGAGGGCUACCAUGUCGGGCUGAACUUCCAGGCCUUUGAGAUCGAAAGACAUGACAACUGUGCGUAUGACUACCUGGAAGUUCGAGAUGGGACCAGUGAAAAUAGCCCUCUGAUAGGGCGUUUCUGUGGCUAUGAUAAGCCUGAAGAUAUAAGAUCUACCUCCAACACUUUGUGGAUGAAGUUCGUUUCUGACGGAACUGUGAACAAGGCAGGGUUUGCAGCUAACUUCUUUAAAGAGGAAGACGAAUGUGCCAAGCCUGACCGUGGAGGGUGUGAGCAGCGCUGUCUGAACACACUGGGCAGUUACCAGUGUGCCUGUGAGCCUGGCUAUGAGCUGGGAGCUGACCGGAGGAGCUGCGAAGCCGCUUGUGGAGGACUCCUGACCAAACUCAAUGGCACGAUCACCACACCUGGGUGGCCUAAAGAGUACCCUCCAAAUAAAAACUGUGUGUGGCAGGUGGUUGCACCAAUCCAAUACAGGAUUUCUGUGAAGUUCGAGUUUUUUGAAUUGGAAGGCAAUGAAGUUUGCAAAUAUGAUUUUGUGGAGAUCUGGAGUGGACUUGCUUCUGAGUCUAAAUUGCAUGGCAAGUUCUGUGGUGCAGAGGUCCCGGAUGUGAUUACCUCUCAGUUCAACAACAUGAGGAUUGAAUUCAAAUCUGACAACACUGUAUCCAAGAAGGGCUUCAAGGCACAUUUCUUCUCGGACAAAGAUGAAUGCUCUAAGGAUAAUGGCGGAUGUCAGCACGAAUGUGUCAACACCAUGGGCAGUUACAUGUGUCAGUGUCGGAAUGGCUUCGUGCUGCAUGAAAACAAACAUGACUGCAAAGAAGCUGAGUGUGAGCAGAAGAUCCACAGCCCUAGUGGCCUCAUUACCAGCCCCAACUGGCCAGAUAAGUACCCAAGCAGGAAAGAAUGUACGUGGGAAAUCAGCACAAUUCCUGGCCAUCGGAUCAAAUUAGUCUUCAGUGAGUUUGAGAUAGAGCAGCAUCAAGAAUGUGCCUAUGAUCACUUAGAAGUAUUUGAUGGACAAACUGAAAAGUCACCUAUUCUUGGACGUCUGUGUGGCAAUAAGAUCCCAGACCCCGUUGUGGCGACAGGAAAUCAAAUGUUUGUUCGGUUCAUUUCGGAUGCCUCCGUUCAGAGAAAGGGCUUUCAAGCCACCCAUUCCACAGAGUGUGGUGGCCGAUUGAAAGCAGAACCUAAACCCAAAGAUCUGUACUCCCAUGCACAAUUUGGUGACAACAAUUACCCAGGACAGCUUGACUGUGAAUGGCUGCUGGUAUCAGAACAAGGCUCUCGGCUUGAGUUAUCUUUUCAGACUUUUGAAGUAGAAGAAGAAGCCGAUUGUGGAUAUGACUAUGUUGAACUCUUCGACGGUGUUGAUUCAGCAGCUGUGGAGCUUGGUCGAUUUUGUGGAUCAGGGCCACCAGAAGAAAUCUAUUCAGUUGGGGAUACAGUUUUAAUUCACUUUCACACCGAUGACACCAUCAAUAAAAAAGGAUUUUACAUAAGAUACAAAAGCAUAAAAUAUCCAGAAACCAUGCAUACCAAAAAAUAACACCGGCACCUCUGUUUGAAGAUAAACAAAUGUUCAAAUGAAGAGAAGACAUAUUUUUCUAAACUGAUGAUAUGAGCACAACUGUUUUAUAUAAUGAAUUUGAACAACAAAAACAGAAAACUGUAAGACUAGAAUUAUCUCUGUACUAAAAGAGACACUUCCAGUUAAUCUUGAUCAGCAUUACAAGAAGGGUAUUUGAACUCCAUGCGUGAUGAAGAGCCUCACAUGCUACCAGGA